CUCAUCCCAAACAUCCUUUAUCGAAGCCAUCAAUUAAUCACAAUGCGGGUCUCGACAAUGCGCCCUCUUCUGGCGCUAUGUGUGACUGUUACCGGCGCCGCGGCGCUCCAGGUUCCGCUCCUUCCCUCAACCAGUCAGAUGCCGGUCCAGUCUGCGAGUGAGAGGAAGCCGCUCAUCGACUCCUCGGCCCUGCAGGACCUCAUCAGUGGCGACAGACUAAUGGCUCGGGCGAAGGAGAUGUUUGAGAUUGCAAAGUUGGGGGAGGAUGAGUACAAUCAUCCGACGAGAGUGAUCGGGAGUCUGGGUCAUCUCGGGACGCUGUCGUAUAUCUACGAAACCAUACUUCAGCUUGGAGACUACUACACCAUUUCAAACCAGUCUUUUCCGGCCGUUUCUGGAAACAUCUUCGAAUCUCGUCUGGUGCUGGGAAACGAGGUCCCCAAGUCUGCCGUGCCUAUGGGUCUGACGCCGGCCACGAAGGACAAGCAACCUGUCCAUGGAGAUCUCAUUCUUGUGGAUAAUGACGGCUGCAGCCCCUCCGACUAUCCUUUCAAGGUUUCGGGAAAUAUUGCAUUGAUUCGACGUGGCGAUUGCGCGUUCGGUACCAAGAGCAGACUUGCCGGCAAGGCUGGCGCUGUUGCUGCAGUGGUCUACAACUAUGAGAAGGACUCCGUACAAGGCACUCUCGGUAACCCUUCGCCGUUUCACGUUGCGACGUUCGGUCUAUCCGGAGAAGAAGCACAGACAAUUAUCAAGAAACUAAAGAACAAAGAAUCAGUAGAUGCAAUUGCUUAUAUCGAUGCCGAAGUCAAAUCAAUCUUAACCGUCAACAUCAUCGCCCAAACUACCGAAGGCGACCCAGACAACUGCGUCAUGCUUGGGGGCCAUUCUGAUAGUGUCGCCGAAGGACCCGGUAUCAACGACGAUGGCUCCGGAACCAUGAGUCUCCUCGAAGUUGCUACGCAGCUGACCAAGUUCACCGUUCACAACUGCGUUCGCUUUGCGUGGUGGGCAGGCGAAGAGGAGGGAUUACUCGGAUCCGAUUACUACGUUUACAACCUUCCGCCGGAGGAAAAUCAGAAGAUUCGUCUCUUCAUGGACUAUGAUAUGAUGGCCAGUCCGAACUUUGCAUAUCAAGUCUACAAUGCUACGAAUGAAGCUAAUCCAGCCGGAUCGGAGGAGCUGCGAAAUUUGUACGUUAAAUGGUACGAGGAGCGAGGAUUGAACUACACCUUCAUUCCCUUCGAUGGUCGCAGUGAUUAUGACGGCUUUAUCCGAAACGGUAUUCCAGGUGGCGGUAUCGCAACUGGUGCCGAGGGCAUAAAGACCAAGAAGGAAGAGAAGAUGUUCGGCGGGAAGGCUGGUGAGUGGUACGAUCCGUGUUACCACCAGCUUUGCGACAAUGUCGGAAAUGUCAAUGAGACAGCUUGGGUGGUCAAUACUAAGCUCAUUGCUCAUUCCGUCGCUACAUACGCUCGCUCGUUCGAAGACUUCCCAAGGCGUAUGUCCGUCGCUACUUCGGUUGCCUAUCGGGAACAGACGAAGUAUCAUGGUCCUAGGCUUUUCAAUUAAAUGAGCUUUCUCUCGCGUAAGUACUGUAGAGUUUGUUUGAGCUAGAGAUAUCCCAUUGGUCUACUCUCAACACUCGAAUUCUAUCUCGCCGUCACACACUCACCUGUACAACUACAUUUCUUAGCAUCGGCAUCAAUGCCAAUCCAC